AUGUCUGGUUGCCAUGACGAUGAGAUAAAAUCUGAGAGCAAUACAGCCAUUAAGGUUGGCAUAUUUAAUGGGGACAAGAUGAUCGAAUCGGGCGGGCUUUCAAACCUGCAAAUUGAGAUCUUCGUGCUUGAGGGUGACUUUCCUCAUGCUUCCCCAAAGAGUUGGACUCCUAAAAAGUUCAAUAAACAUAGAGCCAAUUCUCGGGAUGGAAACGGAAAUGUAUUGGGAGGUGAAGGAACAAAAGCCCAGCUUAAGAAUGGACAGUGCGAUCUUGGUAGCAUCAAAUUCACAGAAGGGUCGUGCAAGGCUCGCGGCGGGAAGUUCAUCAUUGGGGCAAGAGUUUGUGAGGGUGAGGUAUCUGGUCUUCAGAUUCAACAAGCCGUCAUGAACCCUGUGGUUGUGCAGGAUCGCAGAAACAAAUCAAAUGAAAAGAGUCAUCCUCCAAAACUAAAUGAUAGCGUGCAUCGUUUGGAGGAGAUUGCCAAAGUUUACGCAGAAAGGCUGGAGAAGGAGAACAUCUUUACUGUGGAAGACUUUUUAAAGGCUUUAAAUAAGGACCCUCGUAACCUUGCCAAAGAGUUAGUGGACCAGCUGAAAAAGGGGGCUUAUGCUAAACCGGAUAAGCUUUCCCGAGGAUCAUAUAGGGCAGCAGCUGAAAGAUUGAGCCAUGAUCGGAUUGAGUCAUCUUGUCCGAAUGCAUACAAUGACCCCCAGUUCCCAGCUCUUUCAUUCCUGAUCACCCCAGCAUGCAUAACUAUCAAGGUGCUUGUUUCAGUCCUGUAA